AUGACCACCCUCGCAGUGAACGGCGUGACCCUCGGCUUCUACCCGGACGAAGGCGAUGCUGGCGGCACAACGUCGUACCUCUCGGACCUCAACAAUGCGCUUGCGCUCUCCUGGCCGGCUGGUCAUCAUACGAUGCCUGUGCCAACGAUCGCCGUCGUCGGAUGGUAUGCGCAGACGUACCCCGGGGAGGAAUUUACGGGGUUCCAGCUGAUGCCGCUCGUCGACGACAUCACUAGGGAGCACACGCGGUGUCAUCGUCGCACGCGUUUCGUAUACGAGGCCUCGGUGAUGCCUUUCCAGAGCUGGACGGGCUACACACCCGAGAACGACAUCAAAGCGAAAGAGGUCGCGCAGGUCAUGCAGACCAUGCUGGAGCGUAGUCGUGCGGGUGACGAGUUUGCCAUCGCAGAGAUCCGCCUUCGCUUCGGGCACGAGAUGAACUACUACAUCUCCUCCGGUCUCUAUCCUCCCCCAACCACAGCCGAUCGAGGCUGGGACUACCGCACCGCUUUCACCGCCGUCGCUCUCGCCUGCCGGGAUCUGGCCCCGCAGUACAGAGAGCGGAUCAAACUCUUCUGGUGCCCCAACAUCGCUUCCACCUCCUCGGGCGCCGAGGCCGAGUACGACACCUUCCUCCCACCGCUAGAACAUAUCGACUAUGUCGGCAUCGAUUACUAUUGCCCUGCCGCCGGCAAUCUGGACGCAUCCGACUUUGUGCGCAAGAUGAAGAGGGUGCACGACCGAUACGCGAGCAAAGACCGACCGUUUGUGCUGGGAGAGACGGGAUUGCAGUUCGAUCCACCCAAGGAAGUCGAGAUGGACGCCAAGAUGAGGUGGUUGGAGGUGGUGACGGGAAAGGAGGCGAGGAAGAGGUUGCCCUGGAUGAUCGGAUUGAGCUGGUUCAAUUACGAGAAGGAUCGAGACUAUCGCUUGCUCUGGAUCAAGAGGGAGGAGGCGGAGAUGAAUGGGGUGUUUGUCGAGUGGGUCGAGCAAAGUAUGAGGCGGGAGAGGAAGAAGAUCGAGGGCGAGCAAGGUGGAAGCAAGACCAAGAGGUUUUUCAAGACUCUUUUGGCAAAGUGA